AUGCAAACACGCCUUCUUUGUUUGGCAGCCCUGCUGCUCCCACAGUAUGGACUGGCAGUCGAUGACCAAGUAGGAGCGAAGAUCGACUACGGCACAUUCGAGAAUCCCGCCGCUAGAGUUCGUCCUCGCUUUCGUUACUGGCUCCCAGAUGCCAGUGUAGAUCCGGCUAUUGUUCAAAAGAAUAUCAAGGAGGCCGGUAUAAAUGGUGCUGGAGGCGUGGAGUUUCUUCCCUAUUAUGACUAUGGUAAUACUGUCCCAGGUGCGGAUUGGGUCACCUAUGGAUUUGGGACGCCCGCGUUCGUCAAGAUCUUCAAAGCUGCCCUCCAGGCUCAUAAAGAUGCUGGUUUGGUGAUGGACUUCCCUUUGGGACCGAAUCAGGGACAAGGCGUACCAGCGAGUCCCGAUGAUGAAGGACUCCAGUGGGACUUAUCUACAGCGUCGAUCGCUGUUCCUCUGAAUGGAUCAUUUCAUAGACAGCUCCCUGGCUGGGGCACUGGGGAGCUGGUAGCGUUGGUUUCAGCUCAAGUGUUAUCGAGUCGAAAUAUCUCGAAUCCUACAAAUAGCUUGAUUCCUGGCAGUGAAGUUCAGCCCAGCGCUGUACAGUAUGUGUUAAAGAAUUCAACCUUGCAAGAGUGGUCACAGAACGUUACGUCCAUGGGAGAGGUGAACCUGAGUUUUCCUAAGACAGGCGGCCAGGGAUAUAGGCUAUUUGCCUUCUACCAACACCGGACGUUACAUCAAAAUGUACCGAGUACUUCUAACAUGUCGGGGACAAUCUUCAACGGUGGAUCAUAUGCUGUUGACCAUUUCAGUGCGAGGGGUGCGGAAACUGUUACUCGAUUCUGGGAUGAGUAUAUCCUUGAAGAUGAGGUCAAACAGAUGCUCGUUGCAGUCGGUAAUUAUGGCUGGGAGGAUAGCAUGGAGAUCAAGUCAAAUGUGUCCUGGACGCCGGAUCUUCCUAACAUCUUCCAGAAGAAGCAUGGCUACAACAUUAAGAAAUAUCUGCCACUUAUAAUUUACAAGAAUAACAACAUCGGUAUACAAUCGACCGCCCCUGGUACUAUCCAGUGUCUGCUAGAUACUCCCGAUCAGGGGAGUGGGUAUAUCAACGACUAUCGGUCUGCGUUAGUGGAAGGGUACAGGGCAUAUUUGCAGGGGUUGACACAAUGGGUGAAUGGCAUGAAUCUCCAAUACUCUUCCCAAGUGGGCUACAACCUCAAUAUCGAUGUACUAGCAAAUGUUCCAGAUGUGAAUGCGCCGGAAUGCGAAAGUCUGGGAUUCAGUGACAGCGUCGAUGGAUAUCGUCAAUUCGUUGGACCCGCAACUCUCGCCGGCAAACGUGUCAUCUCCAAUGAAAUGGGUGCAGUCUUCGACAAGGCAUACCAGCAUUCAGUUACAGCGCUUUUGUGGGAGAUUGCUCGGGCUGUUGCUGGAGGUGUCAACCAGUUCGUCCUUCACGGACAGACAUUCUCCGGAAACUAUGUCGGUACAACGUGGCCGGGUAAUACACCAUUCUACUAUCUUUUCUCUGAAUUAUAUUCUGAAAAACAGCCUUCUUGGAACCACGGCUUUUCGGAGGCGUUGAAUUAUGUGGCCCGACUGCAGUAUACGCAGCAGAAGGGACAGUCUAAAGUCGAUGUAGUUAUCUAUAACAAGGACUCGGCUACUGAUGCACAGUUCGGGACGAUUUACAACGAGACCGAUUUAAUUGAGGAAGGUUUCACAUACCUUUAUCUCUCGCCAGAUAACUUUGCUUUGCCACAGGCUCGUGUUGAGAACAGCACACUUGCCCCCAAUGGCCCCGGAUUCCGUGCAAUGAUCAUUCCCAGUUCAGGUAACCUCACAAUCGAAGCAGUGAGAGAUAUCAAGAGGUUCGCUCGUAAUGGUUUGCCUGUGAUCCUGUCCGGUGGGCUACCAAAUGCGUUCUACACAGGGGACGGAAACACAGACAGUCUCAUGAAGGAGAUAUCUUCCUUGAAAGAAGUGCAAAACGUCCACAUUGUAUCUUCUGGCCAAGCAUCAAAACAGUUAAAAUCGCUGGGCGUUGUGCCGCGGGUACAGCUGCAAACUAGUGGCACGUGGUAUUCUACAUGGCACUCUGACGCGGAUGGCGUCGACUAUCUUUUCGUCUUGGGUGAUACAGUUGAUACUGUUGGUAGUGUAAGUGUUGCCACGGCAAAGCGCCCAUAUGUCCUCGAUCCUUGGACUGGGAGCCAAACCCCCGUGCUUGAGUACCAACAAAAGUCUGGUCGAACUGUAGUGCCCCUUCGUCUGGCUGCGAACCAAACGGCUAUCAUUGGGUUCAGCGGCACGCCCAGCAACACUUCACUAUAUGCUACUCAGGUACCAUCUUCAGUCGUUGGCUACAAGUACGGCAACCGAACAAACAAUGUCCAAUUGCACGUCUCGUCCGGUUCAACCGACCAGACCCUGAGAUUAUCCAACGGGAAGACCAUAUCCCAACUAACGACCAAGGAUCCUGCCCCAGGAUACCAGCUCACCAACUGGACCCUAACAGUCGAACAUUGGGAACGCCCAGACAAUCUAUCCGACGCAUCAAUAAUCGCAGUCAAGCACAACACAACCCACGAACUCACCUCACUCAUCUCCUGGCAAGAAAUCCCCAGUAUCGCCAACGCCUCCGGGGUUGGCUACUACACCACUACCAUACCCUGGCCCCCAACAAGCAAAAUAGCAGAUGGCGCCUACCUAUUCCUCCCGCAGACCGCAAACGCAGCCCGUGUCUAUAUGAAUGGCCACAGACUCCCAGCUUUCGAUUUCCAGGCGCCGAAACUUGACCUCAGUGCCUACCUCGUCUCCGGGGAGAAUGAAUUGACUGUAGAGGUACCAUCGACUAUGUGGAAUUAUCUUCGGACCAUGUUGGGUGAGCUUUACUCGGCUGGUUCAUUACCCCAGCUCGAGGAGUCGGGUCCCGACCCGGUUGAUAAUGGGUUAAUUGGGGUGGCGAGAGUUGUGCCUUUUGUUAGUAUGGUUGAAUAUAUUGAGGAUAUGAUUCCUGGAUUGUUGGCGGAAGGACUCCGUUGUGCCAUGGCGGGCAGCGUUGAUCCGGACUUGCCCGAGCCAUGGACUGUGAAAGAUAUAGUUUGCGUAUCGAUCAUUGGCCCGUUAAUGCUGGCAGCUUUUGUGGAGUGGCUUCUCUUUCUCGCGGCAUUCUUAUAUUGCCUCGUAAAGGUGUACCAGAAAGCCGAGCAUUGGAGUAUCAAGGUCCUUGCUGUGACAAUGAUGAUACUUUUCACCUCACUGAGAGGAGUUUUCCUCCCCAUUAUGGUUGUCACCCUCCCUUUACCACCUCAGCUCACUCAGGAAUUCCCUCCUGAGUUCGUGUCCUUCCUCCAAUGGUUCGCAUUUUGGACAUUCUCGGCCUUGCUCACCAUCCCCUGGUUGUUCUGCGUUCAUAGACUGGUCACAACUUCCAUUGGAAGAACUCAGAGGAUAAAGGAAGUCUUAGAUGAACGGACAGCACCGAAGACUGUGAUUGUUAUGCCGGUAUAUAAGGAGAACCCUACAGUCCUGAUAAAAGCGAUCAAUUCGGUUGUCGACAGUGACUACCCGUCGAAUUGUAUUCAUGUAUUCUUAUCGUAUGACGGGGUCAUUAUUGAUGAGCCUUACCUUCGAGUGAUCCACCAUCUUGGGAUACCGAUUUGCCUAGAUACCUAUCCGCAGAGUAUUGAUGUGACGUAUAGGGGCGCCCGAAUCACCGUGUCUCGCUUCAAGCAUGGCGGCAAGCGAUAUUGCCAAAAGUUAACAUUCAAAUUGAUUAGUCAAGUAUAUGAAGAGUACAACACCAAACAUGACGAUCUUUUUAUGUUAUUCAUCGAUUCCGAUUGCAUCCUGGAUCGACUGUGUCUGCAGAACUUUAUGUAUGAAAUGGAGCUGAAACCGGGAAGCAAGCAUAACAUGUUAGCCAUGACCGGGAUUAUCACAUCAACUACAGAAAAGAAUAGUCUCAUCACGGUGUUACAAGACCUGGAGUACAUUCAUGGUCAGCUUUUCGAGCGUUCGGUGGAAUCGGGCUGCGGCGCUGUGACCUGUCUACCUGGCGCAUUGACGAUACUGCGAUUUUCCGCCUUUCGAAAGAUGGCAAGGCAUUAUUUUGCAGACAAAGCGGAACAAUGCGAAGAUCUAUUUGACUAUGCCAAAUGCCACUUGGGAGAAGAUCGGUGGCUCACACAUCUCUUUAUGAUCGGAGCGAAGGAGCGAUAUCAGAUCCAAAUGUGCACCAGUGCGUUCUGCAAAACGGCGGCGGCCCAGACCCUCCGCACUCUCUUGAAGCAACGUCGCCGAUGGUUCCUUGGCUACAUUACAAACGAGGCGUGCAUGUUGACAGACAUCCGGCUAUGGAGACGGUAUCCCUUCCUGUGUUUGGUUCGCCUCAUGCAAAAUACUAUCCGCACAACUGCGCUCCUCUUCUUCGUCCAAGUGAUUGCCCUCAUGACAACCUCCAGUCGGGUGGCAGAUCUCCCUAUUGGAUUCAUCGCAAUAUCGCUGGGGCUGAAUUACGUACUCAUGUUCUAUUUCGGGAUCCGAUUGAAGCGAUACAAGGCCUGGCUCUAUCCGCUGAUGUUCGUUGUCAACCCAUUCUUCAAUUGGCUAUACAUGGUGUACGGGAUUCUCACUGCGGGACAGCGAACCUGGGGAGGGCCGCGAGCUGACGCUGCGAAAGCCGAUGAGCAUACCUCGCCCGAAGAGGCUGUUGAGCAGGCUCGGGCACAGGGUGAUGAGCUCAAUGUCAUGGUUGAUACUUUUCGAUCCAAGGCCGACAAAAAGGGGUGUUCCAAUCGAGCUUCGGAACAAAUCGAUCGCCGUCUUUCUGGGUUGCCAGAGCCUCGCAACAGCCACCCUGCCAAUCAUGACGAGGCGAUGGUACCACUCGCUAGUCUGAUGACCUCACCCCUGGAUGUUCCCCGAAUCGGCUUACAUCCGAAUUGCUCUUCCGACACUGUGGUCACGGACUCUAGCAGCAACUCCAUAUCGUUACCCAUGGAUGUAGAGAGCUUGAUGAACGAAGAGGAUCGAGCGAAGCGGUCAAUGGCUCUCCAAGCACAAGAACUCGCGAGUACUCUUGAACAGCUCGCGACAGGCCCCGACAAUGGCGAUAUGUAUACACCAAGGCCAGCGAUGCUACAGUCUGAAGGUCCCGAGACACAUGUUGCAUCGGAGCAACCUCGAGGUGCCCCUGACUUUACCUCCUUCCAGAGAGAUAAUACCGUUCAUUGUAUGCCGCCCAUGCAGCCACAAGGAGCGCUGCAGCCGACAUCUGCUCAACAGUCAGUUGAGCUAGGUGUCAUGACGGGGAACCAUCGCAGUCUUCGACCUCUCGGGGUCGACGCUUACAAAAGACACCGAGGCCAGCGUCACAGCCAAGGAGCCCUGAGUACAUGGUGUGACAUCACAAGGAAAGAGUCGCUGGGAAGGUCCAUUCUCCAUUAA